UCAUAUAUUAUUGUUAAAUCAGAUAAUCCAAUAGUUUUUUUGACAAAAAAAAAGAGAAAAUCUCUUAUUCAAAAAAGAAAAUUUUCUAUUACCUUGAUCAUAUAAAAGAGCAAGGUCACGUAAAAUAAUUCAUACGAUCAUAAACAUAUUCGGUAUUGUUUUUUAACGAUGACGUUAAAAUGCUCUAAUAUAAUUCGAAAAAGUAAUAUAUUAUUAUUAACCGCGUAUUUCUUAAGAAGAUAAGUUGUGAUUUUCUAACGACAACGACACGGCGAUAACGACCGUGGUGAUACAGUAGCAGUAGCAGUAAUAGUAGCAGUAACAGUAGCAGUAGCAGUAGCAGUAGCAGAAACCGAAGUCGAAGUCGAAGUCGAAGCCGAAGCAGUCAACGAUAGCGGACAGCUGCGAUCGAAGGACAUGAAUAGGUGUGACAAGGAAGGAGAUAGAAAUAAGAGUGUUUCGGAGAAAGCAAAAGGGAGAAGACCAUAAAUACGCAAGAUUAGAACAUUUUCAUCAUUACUUUUCUGUCCUUUGUGUCUGGAUUGGACGCAGGAAACAUGUUAUUAAACGAUCUGUUACAGAUUGAGGAAGAAAAAUCAAAGUGUACAAGCAUAAAAUAAAGCAAAGGAAAUAUUGAGAUUGAUUAUUCUUGCCUUACCUUUACUUAAGGAAUAAACCAGCAAGCAAUUAUAUUAAAAAAAGAAUCAUAGUUCUAAGAGGGAGCAAAAGCAAAGAUUAAACGUAAUAGUGGUAAAUGCGGUGGUUGAAGGAGAUAUGGACCCAUCAAUGUUCGUUGCUUACACCCCUCAAACAAAUGGAGUUCCAUUGGAGUCCAAACUUGCUACCUACAUGAAUCGUCAAAGUCCUGGGACAACAUUAAAUACUAACGCAGUAACAAAACAUCUAUCCAAUCUUUCCCUUGAUUCGCAGAAGAAAGUAACUGCCAGCCCAGAAUUUGUACCAGGGAGAGGUUUAACUGGUAGCAAUAGCAGUUCCCCUAAUCUUUUUAAUAAUUCCUAUCAUUCCCAAGAAAAUGUAGGUGGCACAACUUAUUUUUAUCUUGGCAAUGCUAGCACAGAUGCUGUUGGAGGGGAAGAGGGAACGGAAGGUAUUGCUACUAUGGGAACAGGUCAAGCAGGCUAUGUAUAUCCAGGUACACCGGCUCAUUUGCAACCUGUCAAACCAUCCAAGACUUCUUCGUCAAGUAGCUCCUCUGCCCCUUCCACACCCCCGCCGCAAGCAGCUCCUAGCUAUUUUAUCAGUGAAAGUUUACGAAUGGACAUUCUGCAAAAGAAUGCUUUAGUAUUAGCUCAACCCGAUGUGGUGAGAUUUCCUGACCUACCAAAUGAGGUAGACAAUUAUCACGAGUUAUGUCCAUUGGAACCUACUCAUAAGCCAGCUUCUACAGUACUUGGAUAUCAAACUUCGACGUAUAAAGCAACCAGUAUAAAAAGUGGUACACGUUAUUGUUUACGUCGUGUUCAUGAUUUCAGACUCGCAAAUACAAAAUGUAUGGUUUUGGUUGAUAUGUGGAAAAGACUAGCGCACACUAAUUUAGUUCAAUUAAGAGAGGUCUUUACUACUAAGGCCUUUGGCGAUCAUUCCAUGGUAUUCGUAUAUGAUUAUCAUCCUGGAUCAGAGACAUUAUUAAACAAGCAUUUUUCAUCGACUGAAUUGAAUGGUUAUACCGAUCCAUUUUCUUCGGAUCCCAAUGCUCCACGUCCGUAUAGUCAUACAAAAAAUACUAUUCUUAGGCAACAACAUAGUAGCAUGCUUCCUGAAAGUGUUAUUUGGAGUUAUAUCAUUCAACUCACUGCUGCCCUACGUGUAAUUCAUGCGGCAGGCUUGGCAUACAGGUGUUUGGAUCCCACCAAAGUAUUAUUAACGUCACGUACACGGCUUCGUUUGAGUUGCGUCGCUAUACCGGAUGUUGUUACAUUUGAUGGAACUGCAACAAAUCCACUUACACUCAUACCUCAUUAUCAACAAGAGGAUUUAAUAGCACUAGGAAAGUUGGUAUUGGCUUUAGCAUGUCGCAGUCUUCUUGCCGUCCAUCGCGACAAUAUGCAGGCCUCUCUCGAGCUCGUCGCACGAUCCUACUCCACCGAUCUUCGAAAUCUCAUAUUGUAUUUACUUUCAAAUCAAGCUCGAAGAAGUGUAACAGAUCUCAUGCCAAUGAUUGGAGCACGCUUUUAUACUCAAUUAGAUGCUGCUCAACUUAGGUCUGAUGUACUCGAGAAUGAGCUUGCCAAGGAAUUAGAAAAUGGAAGAUUAUUUAAGUUACUCGUUAAAUUGGCUACCAUCAAUGAAAGACCAGAAUUAAAUAUGGAACCCACUUGGGCAGAAACUGGUGAUAGGUAUAUGCUCAAAUUAUUUAGGGAUUAUGUUUUCCAUCAAGUAGCCGCAGAUGGAAGGCCUUGGUUAGACAUGGCACAUGUUGUCUCUUGCUUAAAUAAGCUUGACUCUGGAUCUCAUGAUAAGAUAUGUUUGAUGUCACGGGAUGAACAAAGUGUAUUAGUUGUAAGUUAUGCAGAAUUACGACAAUGUUUGGAAACUUCGUUUGGGGAAUUGGUACAAUCGACAAAAGAUGCUGUCUAGGCCAAUAAUCUUUUUUUAUUAGCCAGAUACAUACUCCGAACCAUAAAUGUGAUAUCACCAUUUAGCGGUACUAUCAUUUUAAACUUUAUAAAUAUAUUUAAGAAAGUGUGCGAAUACAACAGAAUUCAUGUGACGAUAUAAGAGAAUGAUACAGUUUGUAAACAUGAUUUUCAAAAGUCGCGAAUCUGUAGAUGGAUAUUUCUUCUCAAUUAUAAUACAUCUAACAUACAUACGCAAGGGAAUCAUGUGAUAAAAUGUAAAUUGGUAAAGGUUUGAAUUUGCUGUGGAAUCCAUUAUGGUACUAUACAAAACAAAAGUGUACACAUAACUUAAUAAUGCAAAAAGUCUUAAGAUAUCUUAAGAAAACACCUAAAACACUGUUGGUGUAAUAGGUUAGAGAUCUUAGUCUUUAGGAUACAGCUGGUAAGCAUUAAUUUUGAAAUAAAUGUUUAUUUUUGAAAGCAAUCUUAA